CUCCCUCCUUAUCUUCCCCGAACAGAGAUUAGAGAGAAAGCUAGCCGUUCUCUUUCCCGUGAGAGAGAUAGUCGGGGGGGCGUCCUUAAACACACAAGACGAGGUUUGCAGCUCCUAUUUUCAAUUGAGGUGGCUUGAAUCAGGGGAGUUGGUUCAGUGGAUUAGCAUGCUGUGAAGAUGGUUUUGAUUACACUGAUCCUUAUAAUUCAUCAAUGCAGAUAAUGGAUGCUGGAACGUUUAGGUGUGACUCUGUUAUGAAGGGAGAUAUGUUCACAUCAAGUGAUGCUUUAAGGAAAGCUGGGCCUGAAUUCUCGAUCUUGGGGCAUUUUCCGUUUAAACAAGGUAAAUCCUUUGCGUUGAGUGGAUCUCAUGCUAGAAGGCCUUUCGAUGGUGUGUUCAGAUCGUGGAUGGUUGAGAGAUGUGCUCCUUUGCAUCUUUUCAUUCCCCGUCCAGUUAGAGAUGAACACAAGGCCGUGAAAUGCUUUAAGAAUGAUUCAUCUGUCUUGAACCACAUCCUAAAUGACCUCCUAGUUGAGGACAAAUUUUUUCCCGAGGAAACAGAUAAAUUUUUGUCCGAGGAAGCAGAUAUAAACUCGGAUCACAGCAAAAGUUUACCAAGAAGAGACCAUUUUGUUGAGGAGCCUUGGCUAUUACAGCCGUCAUUGCUUUCUCAUCAUUUUGAAGAAUCAGAUGCUUCGGGUGUUGUUGUUGAUGAUGAUAACGAGUAUUUUAAAUGCCUCGAUAAUGACGAUCUUGAUACUAGGUUCUUAAACCAUGAAUCUGCUGAUGGAGAAUCUGGGAUUGAGUAUCUAGUUGAAGUUGCUACAACAGAUAAGAACAGUGACUUUUCGGGAACCUGUUAUGGAUCAGGUUUUCCCGUUGAGGAGCCCUGGCUUUUCGAAUCAACAAUCGAUUAUUCCAGGUGUAAUGACAAAAUGAUCCCUGAGGUGUCUACUUGCGAAGAACAUGAGAAGCUGUUGCCUGUUGAAAAUAUUGUAAUUUCUGAGAAGGAAUCGGUUACAACAGUUAUAUUAAUAAACUCGUCUAUUUGCACAAUGCAAAGGAUCGCUGUUUUAGAAAACGGGAGAUUAGUGGAAUUGUUGUUAGAACCUGUCAAAAACAAUGUGCAGUGUGAUAGUGUAUAUCUAGGUGUAGUUACUAAAUUAGCCCCCCAGAUGAAUGGUGCAUUUGUAAAUAUUGGUUGCCGCCAAACUGCAUUCAUGAAUAUUAUUUCCAGAAAGAAGCCCUUUGUAUUUCCUCAAGAUUGUGAUGAUAGCAAAGGUAGAGAAAUCAAUGGCUUCGAGUCUGACAAGUUUGCAGAAAAGUCAGAUCUUCCCGAAACUGAAGCUAAUCUGAAUGAAGCCAUAGAGGAUGAUGAGAUAGAUGAUGAUUCUGUAGAAUAUAUAGACCAUGAUUUCGAGGAGAAUGAAAAUCAUGAUAGGAUUGACGCUUCUGAAGUCCUUGAAAUUGGUAACGGGGUUGAAACUCAUCUUUCGAAAUCACUGAAUAAGUUUGAGAAAAAUGGUCACCAGGAAGAAAGUAAAAGACUCGAACAAGAUUCCAAUAGAUGCAAGAAAGGAGAAAGCAAGUGGGCACAGGUUCGGAAAGGCACUAAAAUAAUUGUACAAGUUGUUAAGGAAGGAUUGGGUACAAAGGGCCCUGCACUCACUGCUUAUCCAAAACUACGAAGCAGAUUUUGGGUUUUAAGUGCUAGCAGUGACAUAAUAGGGAUUUCAAAGAAAAUAUCCGGUGUUGAGCGCACACGUUUAAGAGUCAUAGCGAGAACUUUACAACCUCCGGGUUUUGGUCUUACUGUAAGAACAGUUGCUGCUGGCCAUUCAUUAGAGGAAUUGAAGAAGGAUUUGGACAGUUUGCUUUUGACUUGGAAAAGUAUAACCGAGCAUGCACAGUUUGCUGCUCUUGCCGCAGAUGAAGGAGUAGAUGGAGCAGUUCCCGUUAUGCUUCAUCAAGCAAAGGGCCAAACGCUCUGCAUUGUCCAGGAUUAUUUUAACGAUAAGGUUAAAAGCAUGGUGGUUGAUUCUCCAAGGACAUAUCAUGAGGUUAAAAACUAUCUUCAGGAAAUAGCUCCCGAUCUAUGUGGCAGGGUCGAGUUAUACAACAACAAAACUCCCCUCUUUGAUGAAUAUAAUAUCGAGGGCGAAAUAGAUAGCAUUCUUAGCAAAAGGGUUCCCCUUUCUAAUGGAGGUUAUCUGGUGAUAGAACAAACGGAGGCAUUAUUCUCCAUUGACGUUAAUGGUGGUCAGUGUAUGCUCGGGCAGGGGACGUCACAAGAGAAAGCUAUUCUUGAUGUCAACCUUGCGGCUGCUAGACAAAUUGCUAGGGAAUUGAGGCUGAGAGAUAUCGGUGGCAUUAUUGUGGUGGAUUUCAUAGAUAUGAUGGAUGAUUCAAAUAAGAGAUUGGUCUAUGAAGAAGUAAAAAAGGCUGUUGAGAGAGAUCGAUCGACCGUCCAUGUCUCUGAGGUAUCCAGGAAUGGGCUUAUGGAAAUCACACGGAAACGAGUUCGACCGAGUGUGACAUUUAUGAUCAGUGAGCCAUGCACCUGUUGUCACGGUACUGGGAGAGUGGAAGCUUUAGAGACUGCAUUUUCCAAGAUUGAGCGUGAAGUUUCUCGUUUUCUGUCAAGAAUGGAUCAGAAAUCAGACCCUCGAGAUCCCAAUUCAUGGCCCAGAUUUAUUCUCAUGGUUGAUCAGUACAUGUCCGACUAUUUGACUAAAGGAAAGAAGUCGAAGUUAGCAGUAUUGAGUAGCUCUCUCAAAGUUUGGAUUGUACUAAAGGUUGCUAGAAAUUUUACGAGGGGGGCGUUUGAUUUGAAACCCUUGACAAUCGACGAGUACAACAAUCAAAACCGACCUCCCAUUCCAAUAUUAUGGCCUGCCGAGGCUGGGACUGGGAGUCACCCUCACAAGAAGGUGACACUCUUCCCCAUCAAGAAGUCGAAGACUGGUCGAAAAUGAUAGCGACCAUUUGAAUUGAUGAUGACGAGUCUGGUUUUGUGUUUUUCUGCUUCAAUCUCAUGUUCUGCAUUUCCCCGCCGCAAAUAGGUUCUCUAUAGCAAUAUCGAGUUUUGUGGACGAGCCAUUUUAACUACAGGGUAUCUAUACUCGAGAGAAAGCUUUGGCAAACGACUUUGACAGUAAUUUAACACAAUCUUGCAAGGAGAGAGUGCUAUCGUGCUAAAGCAAAGGGAGCAAUCCGUUUAUCAUUUGCCCAAAGACUUGUGUGACAAAUACAAACCGGGAAACACACGGGCAUAUUUCAAGCAGGCGGGCGAGGGGGCGACAAGCAACAAAACUAACAUUUUGUAACCGGGGGUAAAUAGACGACCUGAUGAGCCAUUGACAACAACAGCGACAAGACAGGAUAUCGAACCAUGUAUAGUGUCUCGACUUUUCUCUUCAAUUUCUCGUGCUGUUGGGUUGUGGUUCCAUCCUGUAUAUGUUGCUUGGAGCCCAGGAAAAGUGGUACAAAUGGAAACACACUUUCAGGAAUCCCUCUGCAUAUCAAUCUGUGUUUUAGAACUGUUCAUUUGGUAUAUGUCAAGCAAGAGGUUAGAGGUGUAUGCACAUUUUUUCUGUUUUGGCUAUACAUGAGAGUACAGGCAAUUUUUUAUUUUUAUUUUUAUGUCUUAUCAUUUCAUGAAAUAAUGAAUAUUUCACAACUGUAUCAUAUUUUUGGAUAUUUUGAACUA